AUCUGCUGGCCGAGAUAUCAGCGGACUCACCUCUGCUGUGGUUUAGUGUGAAAACAGCGUGGCUACAUUGUAUCCAGGUUAAUGUAUUUGAUCAGCGCGGCCUGAUAAAGUAUAUCUGCUGGAGAACAUCAGGUCUGGAUUUAAUGCUUAAUUAACACGGUAAUAAGAAAGGAAGACUCCAACAUGAGUGAUGGGAUGGGAUGGGGAGGCUGUAAUCUGUCACCCCAUUUACACACAGAUGAAUGCAACGAACUGAUAGCACAUCUCAAACAGUGCCAUAAGGAGCACAAUGUCCUCAGGUUCUUUGGAUCGUGUAAUGAUUUGGAUCGUGUGAUGAGAGCGUGUCUGAAGAAAGAGUAUCAGGCAAAGCGGACGCAGAGUCAGGCUCAUGCAGCAGAGAUGAGACGGCGUCUGAAGGACGGAACUAGAGCUGAACCCUGAGCCAAGAAAGAUGCUUCCCAGCAUUGCAGACCAGGCUACAGUAUCAACACGGUCUCAUAGACUUUACUCUUCAGAGGGAUCCACAGCACAGGAUUCUGAUCACCAUGAUCUUUGGAUUGAGGAUGAGCGCGUUAAGUGCAGUGUGUUUAAACACUGGAGAAAUUGAUUAUCUGUUUAAAGUUAUAGUUACACAUUUAAAUUUAAAACAUUUUGCAACUAAUUAAAUGGAUAACAGUCCCAACAAA